AAGAAUUGAAUCGCAGAACUGAAGCAAAAGGGAUCUCCAAUGUCGUCGUCAAGCGAUCCGUCGAAAACAGGGAUGGAGAGGAAGAAGAAAGGAGCUCCGAUCAAGUUCUUGGUGCCUCUCAUAUACGCGCCUGCUCUUCCUCUCAUUCGCUUGACUUUAAGGCAUCAGCCUGUUCUCAGGGACCGUCUCUUCGGUCUUGUCCUCGCCGGUGCUUUCGCUCAUGGCUUCUACCUCGUAACGGAUAUAUAUGAUGCAGAGAGCAAAUGAAAAAAAAACAAGAAGUGGAAGUUGUAGCCAUUCUUCAAGAGCUCAGUAUUUCUCAGAUGUCUUUCUGAUUUAAUAAAUAAAACUGCUUUUGUUUUUUUAAUAUACAUUUUGUUACAAAAUUACUUUUUGCUCUUGUGAAUCCGAAUUUGGAUUUGGUUUAUAUGAAUCCAUUAGUUUUCUUGUU